UAAACCCUAAACCCCGAAAAUCCCCAUCAUUUUCUACCGAGUUCGGAUGGCGUUCAUGUCUAGCUUCCGUCGCGUUCUUGGCGUAUCGGCCUCUGCUCUUCCAUCUCAAUUCGCCGCCAUUCGUCACAAUACAACCCUCACAUCGCCUAAGCUAUUCAUCAGCGGACUUUCAAGAUUAACAACUGAUGAAAAACUUAAACAGACGUUUUCUGAAUUUGGUCAGAUUGAACACGCAAAAGUGAUAACCGAUAGGCAAACCGGAAGAUCAAAGGGGUUUGCUUUCGUCACAUACUCAUCGAUUGAAGAAGCUGAGAAGGCUAAAGAAGGAAUGAACGGCAAGUUCUUGGAUGGGUGGGUUAUUUUUGUUGACCCUGCCAAGCCUAGGGAGUAUAGACCCCCACCUCCAGCACAGCAAGAGUCUUCUGAUAGUGGUUUCAAAGUAAACAAGACUAUUGGAUGGUGUGGAUGAUUGCAUAUGUUACUUGUUCGAACUCAUUGUGAUGAAAAGGCAAUUUAAACAGGGCAACUCAUUGCUGUUUGUAUUAGUAUGAAAAACGUUUUAGCCGGAUUAUUUUGAACAGGGAAACCUCGUUAACCUUGUUCUGUUACUUCUGUAUGGGUACAUUUUGGCCUCUGUCCAACUAUUGUAAUGUUUUAAUUUAUAUGCCAAUGUAGGACUCCCUUCUUUUUUUGUGCCUUCAUUCUUCCAAUUGAAAGA